GUAAAUGAGUCACAUGCGUUGUCGACUGUGCUCUCUCACACACACACACACACAUACACACCGGCUCGGGGAACGUGUGCAGAGGGUGUAACCAUACGGAGAGAAUUAAAUGUAAAAAUAAACAGGGUGUCACAGAAACCACAAACAAAACAGCAUACGUUUCUUUCGCUUCUAAAAUGUCUCUCUCUGCCACCACCUUCUCCUUUCUUCUACGCCGCUCAUUCUCGUCAAUUGGCAGGAGUGCUAGCGUGCGUUCGGGCCGGUGUGUGUGCGCAUGCUGGUCAGCAGUGCCCGGGGUCCGCUGGUACGCCGCCGCUCGUUUGGAUGUCGAUGGAAGCGGCCGGCCGUCCACAUGGGACUCGUUUGGGAUUUGGGACAAUCGCAUCGAGGCGCCCAUCCUGCUGCCACCCAGCAUACGUUACGGUAAACCGAUCCCACGUAUAAGCCUAGACCGUGUCGGCUCGGCCUCACUGAUUGGCCGUCGUCGGGACAACGAGGAUCGGCUCCGUGUAGCUGAGCUCACACCCUCCACGCUCUACUUUGCGCUGUUUGACGGACACGGGGGCCCACAAGCCGCUGACUUCUGCUACACACACAUGGAGAGCUACAUUAGGAAGGGUCUUGAGAAAGAGUGGGAUCUAGAACAGGUAUUAACAAAAGCCUUCCUACAGGUAGACGCUGCCCUGGCCUCUGAGGUGCAGAUGUACGGCAACGCCUCUCUGAUGACGGUGGGCACUACGGCGACGGUGGCUUUGCUAAGAGAUGGGAUAGAGCUGGUGGUCGGGAGUGUCGGAGACAGUCGAGCCAUGCUGUGCAGGAAGGGUGAAGUUUACACACUCACCAGCGACCAUACACCUGAGAGAAAGGACGAAAAACAAAGAAUACGCAAGUGUGGAGGUUUCGUAACAUGGAACAGUCUCGGUCAAGCAAACGUGAACAGCCGUCUGGCCAUGACACGCAGCAUCGGAGAUUUUGACUUGAAGCAAAGCGGAGUUAUCGCAGAACCAGAGACCACUCGUGCUAUAGUAAAACAUUCUGACGACUCGUUUCUGGCCCUGACCACCGACGGCAUCAACUUCAUCAUGAGCAACCAGGAAAUCUGUGAUGUCAUCAGCCAGUGUCACGAUCCUACAGAGGCGGCGCACAUCGUCACCGAGCAGGCUCUGCAGUACGGCUCUGACGACAACAGCUCGGUCAUCGUUGUUCCGUUCGGAGCUUGGGGAAAGCAGCAGAAUUCCCAGUACAGCUACUCCAUGAGCCGGAACUUCGCCUGCAGCGGACGCUGGGCCUGAAACCUCACAAUCUUUAAAGCUAGAAUGUGUUAUGUAACAUAGUGUAGCUUUAAAGCUAAUUAUUAAAUUAUUUUUUGAAAACGUAUUUCACGGCGGAUGAUAAUUGACAUACAUUGACAUACUUGUGUAUAUUCGAGUAUCAUAUGUUUGUACCAUGUGAUAUUUUCCCCUUGUAUAUAUUUUUGGAAAAUUUUGCUACAUUAGCAAUUUGAAUAUUAUUUUGCGACAGCUACUAUAGUGGCGAAUUAAAAACCUUCUCAGGUAAGCGGCCAUGUUGACCCAGAAAACACUGAUUCGUUAUCCAAACAAAUGGAAAAUAUUAAACGAAGAGAAUGUGAAUAUA